CAGUAAGACAGUCUUUCCCUCUGACUCGGAGAGAAUCUUAAUAUCCAGCGAGUCGUAAAGGCGCGCGCGUGUUGCAUAAAUAACGCCGAAGACAAGCGCGAGUUAAAAUAAAUAAAUAAAUAAAAUUUAAAAAUCUGUGUCUUGGGCUCCAGUAUUAUCAACACUGCAGACAGUUUUGUGGGGAAAGAAGAAGAAGAAAAGCAAACUCAUCCUGGAGCCGCUGUGGUGUGGAUAUGACACUGUUUUUGGGACAUGAUCAUUAAUGUCAGUAAAAACUUUCCAGAAAGAAAUGUCUUGGAAUUCGGUGUUGCUUUUUCCCUCUUCUUGAGUGCGUGCCUCGGAGACUCUUCAUAUUCACGCGCGUUGGAGUCCGCACGAGCCAGGAUAUUUGAGUUCCUCUUCAUUGCUUGCUUUUGGUGUUGAAAGUGGAUUUAUUUUUAUUUAUUGUUUUCUCCCCGCGUCGUCUUUAUUCUUAGCUGUAACCUACAUUUACUAAACUGGAGGCAUCGCGCGGAGCUCCCACAACGGAAAAGGUGAUGAAGCAUCGCAGCUGAACAUGGAGCUUUUCUGGAUUUUAUUCUUCUCCGUCCUGCAGCGCUUCACACGAGGGCAGGGGGUUUACGCUCCUGCAAACGCACAGAUUGUUCACUCUGGCCAGGCAUGUGUGGUGAAGGAGGAUAACAUCAGUGAGAGGAUCUACACCAUCCGUGAAGGUGACACACUCGUGUUACAGUGCCUGGUUAAGGGACAUCCACGGCCACAGGUACGGUGGACCAAAACAGCAGGCAGUGCUUCAGACAAAUUCCAAGACACUCCAAUCUUCAAUGAAACUCUACGCAUCAACAACAUCCAAAGGGUGCAGGGAGGCCGCUACUACUGCAAGGCCGAGAACGGGGUUGGGGUGGCUGCCAUCAAGUCCAUCCGGGUAGAUGUGCAAUAUUUGGAUAAACCCAUCCUCACAGUCCACCAGACUAUCAGUGAUGUGAGAGGCAACUACUACCAGGAGAAGACGGUGUUCCUACGCUGCACCGUCAACUCCAACCCUCCAGCUCGCUUUAUCUGGAAACGAGGCAAUGUUCCCAUCGAACAGAGCAAAGACAACGGUGUGGACAUCUAUGAACCUUUAUACACACAGGGUGAGACAAAGGUGCUAAAACUGAAGAACCUUAGGCCUCAAGACUUUGCGAACUACACAUGUCAGGUGUCCGUCCGCAAUGUCUGUGACAUUCCAGAUACGUCGGUCACCUUCCGAUUAACCAAUGCCACCACACCGCCAGCCUUGAAGCUCUCAGUCAAUGAGACACAUGUGGUGGACCCAGGCCAGGAUGUCACCAUGUCAUGUGAGGUUACAGCUGGUUUCCCUAUGCCCACUGUGACAUGGGCACGAUACCCUGGCCCCUUGCCACGCCGUGCCACUGUACGUGGUGGUUCUCUAACACUGCGUUCCGUCUCUCCAGCUGAGUCAGGGUUCUACAACUGCACCGCUGUCAACAAUGUGGGGAACCCAGCCAGAAGAAAUGUCAACCUUAUUGUUCGAACAAUGAAGAACUUGACGUUUCAGAUCACACCUGAUUCCAACAAGGACAGCGAGAGCAUCCAGAUGGGUCGUGACCUCAAGCUGUCAUGCCAUGUGGAUGCUCAGCCCCAGGAUAAGGUCAACUACAGCUGGUAUAAGAACGGUGUCCCUGUGAACCCAUCAUACAGCCUCAUUGUGCUGCGCAGUGACCCAGACAUGCCCCCUGGCACCAGCAGCCUGGAAAUUGUGGACAUGAAAUUCCGAGAUCAAGCCACCUACAGCUGCGUGGCCAACUUCCCUGGCAGCAAUGUUCCUGAACUCCGAGUAGACAUCAAUAUCACACAAAGCAGUGUAAUUCCUCCAGUCCUGACUGUACCUGUGGGUGGAAAUGUGGUCAAUGUGAGCGAAGGUGGGAAUGCAGAGCUGGUGUGUUUGGUUGAAGGUAAGCCUCGCCCUCCAGUUCUCUGGACCCGAGCCAACAAAGACAUGCUCAUGCCAUCAGGUGACUGGAUGAUGGAAACACGUGAUGGACACCUACGACUUACCAGCAUUACACGAGACCUAGCAGGGGCUUACCGAUGCCAAACGGCACCAUACAAUGGCCUCAACAUCAAACGCAGGCUGGGACAUGUGCAGCUCAAUGUGGAGUACCCUCCUGUAGUGGACCCAGUCUUCCAGGAUUUCCGCUCUCCAAACUACAAGUCUGUCAUUUUGCGCUGCAUGGUUUUCAAGUCUAAUCCGAACCGUAUAGCCAGCGCACGUUGGUAUCGGAACGCGAUUCCAAUCCGGACUCCUCCUGUGGACCCUCAAGAUGUCCCUCAGCUCCGCUUCAUACUUGAUCCCACCAACAAUGGCACUUAUGAGUGUAAAGUCAGCAACGGGGUUGGGACCUCGACUUGCACUUUUGUCGUCUCAGCUCGACCAUACAUUGCUGAAUUUUACUUUGACACACCAAACCCCAUCCGCAUCCUGAAGGGUAGCAACUACUCCUAUAACUUGCAGUGGACGCAGAGAGAACCAAAUGCUACAGACAGAGUCAUCGGCUAUUGGAUCAAUGUGCAACAGAUGGGUCAAAAGGUGAUGUCUAAGCAGAUCAACACCAGAGAGCCAGUGAAGGGAGUGCUGAUGUCAUACACCAUAACAGACUUGCGCAUCCCUCUGUCCUACGAGGUUGGCCUUACUCCCAUCACUGCCUUCGGUACUGGAGAUACCGUCACCCGGACCAUCCAGUACUCUGAGCCCUACACUUAUCCAAGACCUUCAGAUCAUGUGUGUGGUUUUGAGGAUGUACGGAUCUGCGGGUUCUCCCAGGAUCGCAGUGAUGUGUUUGACUGGACCAGACAAAAUCAUUUGAGUCAAAACCCGAAGCGCUCAGUCAACACAGGGCCCGACACAGACAGAAGUGGGACCAAAGAAGGUUAUUAUAUGUACAUAGAGACAUCCCGGCCACGUCAGAAAGGAGAUAAAGCUCGCCUCCUGUCUCCACUUUACAACGUCACAGCAGCUCGAGGUCCCUCGGGCUCCACCAGAGUGCCAUACUGCGUCUCCUUCUUUUACCAUAUGAAUGGAAGACACAUCGGAACUCUGAAUGUCCUCCUACGAGUGAAGAGCAUUGCCACAGUGGAUUCUUUAGUAUGGACACUCUCAGGACACCAAGGCCCCACCUGGAGGAAGGCUAACAUUGUGGUGUAUCCCAGCGGGCCAUUCCAGGUGGUGUUCGAGGGCAUCCGUGGUGAUGGGUUUGAGGGCGACAUUGCCAUUGAUGACGUCUCCGUCACCAAAGGGAAGUGCAAGCAAGAGAAGCUCCCCGAAACAGAUGUGCUUCCAGGAACAGCCCAAAGCCUUCAGCCUGUUACGCUGACCGAGCUACUUGUUAGCUCUAUGUGCCUGUAUGUCCUGCUCUUCUCCAGAUGAUGGAUAAUACAUAUGUUCAUCCUCUCACUUCCACCCCCCCACCCCACCCCCGUGGCAUCAACUGCCCAGAUAUGUUCCUUCCCUUCCCCCUCCUCUCUUGUCUCUUUUUCCCCUCUCAUUCAUACUUUCCUUGCUUUUCCUGGUCGUUUUCCAUGCUUGGCUUGACCACCCUUCACUUGCAUUUGCAAUUGUCUCUCUAGACUAGCUUUUUGUUUCUGUCUCAGAAUUUAACACCAUGUUAUCAAUGGCUUGCCAUCAUACCUCAAAUCUUUUGCGAUGACUGACUAGUUCAAUCCAUAUCCAUAAUAUUCUUCAAAUUUGCAUCACAUCAGUAUGUACAGUAUGUUUAUGGUUUAUUCCCCACUACCCUACUUCUGUACCUUCUCUGUGUUGCUGACACACCAAAGUGUCAAUUAUGCUACCAAAGAUGAUGGCGGUUCUUCGGAUGAAGAGAAGGUUGGGGCAAAUACAGGCCGAAAUGCUCUUUAAAGUGACUAAUCUCUCACCUCUUUGACUGUCCUGCACAGAAAUGUGAUUUCUGGAUAUGGAUUAGCUGAAUGCAGGGUGAAGAGUGUAAAAAUGAGAAUGGCCAUGUCACCAUGCUGUUUAUUUGGAUGAGCUGAAUAGAAGAACCUGUACAAUUACAUGUACAGUAUAUGAUAUAUUACCUAAGUAUCAACACAUGGAAAAUGACUACAGUAUCUGAGACUAAUCAUGACUCAGACUAUGAUAAUGUUCAAGUAAAGAAGCACAAAUUUAUAUGCUUUUUUUAUCACUUUGGUUUUCCUGUGUGGUAUUUUGUCCAUUGACAAAUUUGAUG